GCUGGUGUUCAUUGUGUUGGUGGUCCGCAAAAUAGAAAACACUCGGAUGAGUAAAAAUAGUUUUGACUGGAGCCUGUGCUGGAGUGAAGUUUCAGAAGACUGCUGGAUCCUGAGGAUGGACAAGAUGUUGCAGAGGUAGAACAUCCCCCAACUUCUGGCUUUUAAUUUUUGCAUUAGGACACAAGUAGAGUACCACUCCCCCAUCUCCAUGUUAAAUGAGCAAUGAAGAAGAUGAUGAUCCAGGCCUCCUGUAGGAAAAGUCUGCAGGUGUGUUUACUCCUGCUGCUGGUGGGAGGACUACAGGGCAGGGUAACUGCACCAGAGCGUCUGGAAGCUCCAGUGGAGAAGCCCUUCACUCUGACCUGCAGUGUUUCCAGGGAGCGAGGUGAAUCCCUGAGGCAGGUGCGCUGGCUGGAUGUCCAGAACCAGACCCUGCUGAGCUACCAACCCGGCAACAAAGACAGUGUGAGCGGACAGCAGCAUGUGGAGCUCGCUGCAUCCCCAAAGGACACCUCGGCCAUCACCAUCCGCAGGGUGGGCUUCCGCGAUGAAGGCUGCUACACCUGCAUCUUUGACAUGCAUCCUUCUGGUUCAAAGCAGGGACAGACCUGCCUCACUGUUACCGCACAAGUCACAGUUGACAACAACAAGACAGCAGUAAGCGGCAAGAAGGCAUCCCUCUCGUGCUCCUACGGUUUGCCCGAAAAGGUGCAGCAGAUCCUAUGGAGAUACACUCCUGCACAAGGAGGCUCCACAGAGGUGGCCUCUUUUGCAAAGCGGAGUGACCCCAUGAUUGAGCCACCGUACCAGGGAAGGGUCUGGCUCAGUGCCUCCCUGUCCCAUAGCCAGCUCACCAUCCAACCUGUGUCUAUCCAGGACGAGGGCUGCUACACCUGCCUGUACAACACACAUCCUGGCGAACCGAAGAGCUCCACAGUUUGCCUCUCCACCUAUGUGCUGCCCAAACCCCAGGUGAGCUACAAGACCACCUCUCCAGGUGUGAUCGAGGCCAACUGCACCUGUGUGUCGCGUCCCCCAGCAGAGAUUGUGUGGAACGUGGAGACAGAUAACCGCACCAUGGGCCCCCCUGUGACCACACAGCUCCCACAGGGCGACGGGACCACUCUGGUCAUCAGUACACUGACCGUCCAGUCAGGGCUGCUGAAAGAUGUGUCCGUCAAAUGCUUGGUGCACCACAAAGGGCUUGAGUCACCGAUUGCUGUAUCCAUGAACACUAAAAUUGGGACGGCUCUCACCAUCCUGAUCUCAGUCACCACAGUAGCAGCUCUGUUGGUCAUGUCCCUCUGCUUCUGCCUUUGGAAGUGUUUUUUGCGCAAAGAAGUGGAUUAAUUUUUCAGACCAGACCAGAGCCUGAAAAGAAGAGGCAGUGCUUCUCAGAGCCAACCUUGCAGAACUGAUUCCCUGCAUCAUCAUCAUCAUCAUCAUCAAUAUCAUCAUCAUCAUCUUGGUACAAAGGGAAGAUGUUCUGACACACCUCUAUACAAUCCUAUUUAUGAGCACCAACCGUAGGACAUUCAACUCUGCUCUUCUGCCUCUACAUCUGACUCUCAUAUAAAAUCCAGGCUGUCCUCACAUGAAGUCUGUGUGGAAAUGUGUGACUGGAUCAUGUUUUUCUCUCUGGCUCUGUAAUUGAUUCAGUCGAUAGCUACAGAUUCCACAACGAACGGCAGAGUCACUGAAAUUAAAGUACAGCGAUUUUGUUUUUACAACAUCUUUCAUGUCUGUAAAAUACUUUCCUCUGUUUGUCUCUGUCUUUUACCUGGUCCUUAGAAUAACUCUGGUGUCAUUUUAUAUUUUUCAUACUCAACAAAUCUCAUGAAAAGACCAAAAAAGACAUGAACAUGAGCACUGUUGUUUAGUUUACAUCAACCCUAUAGGCACCAUUGUGCUUCUGUAAAUUCUCACUAUCAUACCAAAUGUGUAUUAAUCUGUGGCUGAAAGUAGUCCCCAACAAAUGCACCAUUUACUGCUGUUUGAGUAGCAUUUACUAAAAACUACAGUGCUCAGCUGUAUUAGGAAAUUAUUUAGCUUUUUUAGAUGUUGAACCCACAUUUUCAUGCCUUAUUUUAAAAGGUUUGUGUCUCAGUUAGUUACAUUAAUUCCCACAGCAAACCAGUAUUGUAGCAAUGGACUAACUAAUAUAUUUGGUACGUUCAUGGGAUUUGUGACUAUAGUAAAAAUAUAGAAUAUUGCCAGCCUUAUUUAUUAAAGUAACACAGCUAACUGUCAAUAUGAGCUUCCGCUUAAGGGUUUUCUUGUCCUUGUACCUGUGUAUUGUGAAAGCUGGGUGGGGUCAUGGGUAGUCUUCAUAAGAUAAACUAAAAUGACUGCAUGCAUAUGUCUUGUUUGUAUAAUAUCUAUUGCAAACUUUUCUACAUGUUUUGGCCGCUUGUGUGUGUGUGUGUGUGUGUGUGUGUGUGUGUGUGUGUG